AUUACGGGUCGAAAAGCGGCUCGUUCGCUCAGGAUCUUUCGGGGAACAGCCGAAGAUGUCAAAGGCAAGCUUGCGGCAUCGACAGCGUUGUCGAAACAAUCGAGUUUAGCCACUGCCGGCUCUUCUGUAACCAUGACUUCUUCUACGAACAGUAUCAUCAACACUGAAGAAGAACUCAGAAACGAACUCAACGAUCUCAGAAAUGAUCUUCAAUUCGAAAGUCUCGACCAAUCGAACUCUACAUCCUUGCCCACAUCGACGUCCAAUAAUGCAGUAGCAGUAGUGAACGCAGCACUAACAUCAGUAGAUCAUUCAUCACAG